AUGGGUUCGCAUGUUGAUGGAGAGGAGACUAAGAGUCGGCGUCAGUCCUUGGAUGAGGAACUCAAAAUGUCGAGCCUUGACGCUCCUGUCGUGAUUCCCCUGAUGUCCUCAGAGGGAGACUCGUCGUCGGAUGAUGGCGAAGGAGAAACUUUGAUGGCAAGAGCUAUUCGAUUUGCAGAACAGACAGCAGAGAUGUCAGCCAAAGAAGAGCUAAAGCGCAGUAAAGCCGUUGCAGCGGAAGAAGAUUUAGAAACACGGAGUUCAAUGCUCAAGACCAGACUGAGAUCCCUGUUAGGAUCACGAACAAGAAAAAGAAGUAGCGUAGAUUACGAUUAUUUGCCUCGCAGAGGAGACAGACACAGGAGAAUUAAGGUUCCAAAUAACUCAUUUCCAGCUGUCAUUUUUUUCUGUUUCCGUCUUGGGAUUCUGAAGAAAUGAACCCAAGAAGUGAAUUGUUUGGAGCUCUAAGAGAAGUAGUCGCGACUCACUAUCUCUUCAGUCGGAGGACAACAAACAGACACGUCUUGUUAGGAAAGGAAGUGGCUAUGUCGAGAUUGGAAUCGACAGUGAACUAUCUACCUCGUCAACGCAGAGUCUUCAGAGUCGUGACGAGUGGGAGUCACGCAGGGGUCCGCGGAGCGGCUCAACAAUUAGCUAUGAUAGUUAAGGGCUAGUACCUGUACCAGUACCACGACAGUGCAUUCCUCAUACUUACUACCAUGAUCCUUGGCUCGUUUUCAAAAAAAAGGUUACGUAGGAAAAGGGUCAGGGAUGAUCUUCUGAAGAAUGCAAAAAUGUGGUCGCAAUUUCUAACAUAGGAGAGAACACGACAAGAUUGCAUCAGUGCACGUGGACAGUUUUAUCGGCAGUGCCGCAUCAUCAAGUUCAAGUCUUUCUGGUCACGAGCUUCGGAGCGCCCAUAUUGACGACUUUAUGGACAGUUUUAUUGGCAGUGCCGCAAGUGAGGAUGAUGAACAUGAUAGAAGAGAUCGAGACACCAGUGGGCCUCGGCGUGGUUCCAGUGGUCUGCGCUCCAAUCCAGAUUACAAAAAUGUUAAGGGCACUAGGCUUCAGAUGUUCGCUCUGCCGUUCUAGGUUUGCUUCGAAGUUAUUUGCUUAGUCUCUUUUCGUGACGACACACUGCGACGGCCUUAAGGCAGUCUGCACUGUACACUACAACUUGGUGCGAAAUUUCUUGUAAUGUAUCUAUUGUUUUCCUCUUGAGGGGUAGAAGAAAGGGCACCAUAUUAACAAUAACUAACGGGGUAUUAACAUUAAGUACGCUCAAAACACCGAGGGCUUACAUCAACCUCUAAAAAUGGCACAAGUAAACGACGAGUGGGCGACUUGGUUCGCAACGGCAGUGGCCGCUAUGUUGUCGUGGGCGACAGUAGAAUGGAAUCCGCGGGUUUGGAUAGCUUCUUAGACAGUUAUCAAAGCGCUAUAGAUGAUGGAGAUGGAGAUGAUUUUUAUCAUGACGCCCAUUCUGAGUUCCGCUCUGGUACAGAGCUGCGGAGUGACGAUAUUGAUCGGUUCAUGGAGAAUAGAGGUUCAGGCCAAAUAGGGAGUUUUAUUGGCAGCACUGAAGAAUUUCAUGAUCUUGACCUUGCGAACCACGACAGCCCGGAAGUUCGAGAAACCUAUAGGGAAUUGCAGGACUUGGACAGACAACUUGCGAGUCAGCGGAAAGAAGUUGAGGCAGCGAGUCGCAGUGCGCAGCAAGCUUAUGCGCAUGCUAGUCAUGCAUGCGAUAAAUUAAGGCUCCGCAAAAAGACAAUUCAUUUCUACAGGCCAUGUUAUCUGCUUGCUUCCUUCUUAGGACAAUUUGGAGACGAGUAAAAAAAUGAAGGGAACAACAAGAACAACAGGAAAUGAAAUGCUUUGACGAGCUCUAAAUAGAGUGCUGGAAAUGGGCGGCGAGCUGAGUGAGAGGACGGUGAGGGCCAAUAAUCUCGUGAUGGCUAGCAGGACUUUGACACCGAAUCAAGUCGUUGACGCCGCUGAUACGACGGCAACUCCACCACACCCGUCCUCGCCAAGAACCAUCAGGGAUUUGGCCAGCUUCAGUCAGGGAGGAGAAGAUCACAGAUCGCAGCACGAUAUACCUGGCGUUCCACCUGGAGGCGAUACUUAUACGACCGCUUCUCCUGCUCGCCAUGCUUCUCAACAAGAACUACACGGAGUACAUGUGGGACUGGGAGCAGGUAGCGAGGACCAUCAAGUUAAGGUCGUCAGCUUUUUUCCAUCUUUCUUGGCAUCUUGGUAGUAGCCUUUUCCUUUUAGUUUCAUGGGAAAGGGGUCAAGAUCCGGGGGCCGAGAUCGAUAAAUGCUCACUCUAAUCAUGGGAUACUGUCGAAAACGUCAGGAGAUCACAGAUCGAUCACAGAUCGCCCGUUUGCGCAGCACGAUUUACCUGGCGUUCCGCCAGGAGGCGAUACUUAUACGACCGCUUCUCCUGCUCGCCAUGUUUCUCAACAAGAACUACACGGGGGACGAGCAACUACUGCAGUUAAGGCUAGUAUUAACGACACUCUGACUCUGUUUGGAUUUGGUGUUUCUGUUAUUUAUAAAAAUACCUCCGUAGUAUAAGUUACAGUUUUAUUGCCUCUCGACUGCUCUACUUAACAAGGCUAAGGGAGUGAAGGACAUAGCAACUAAGACAAACGCGGUUGUAACAUAAACUGUAGUACUUAACUACGGCACCAUUCGUCAUCAAGACCAUCAAGAUCAAGAAAUACUUAAACGCUUCUACCUCUAAUACAGCAAACACUGCAACGACGCCUGCGCCCUAUGUCGCCCCUAGUGGCGGAGCUUUCAGCCUUCCUCCUAUCGACGUGGAGCAUGUGCUGAGAACUGAGCUGCGUCUAUUAAGGCGAGAACAAGAAAUCCAUCUUAGCCAGCAUCUUCUGCCCGUUUUCUGAGGGGAAACGGUCACCAAGAUGCUCUGCAAGAAGAUGGGUUUGCUCUAGCUCUAAGCCUCGCACUGUCGGGUCUAGCCAGAGGCGUGCAGUGUUUAGAUAGGACUGCUCAGGAGCACUUCAUGGCGCACAGAUCUCGAGAAGAAAUGGAGCAACGAUGGCACGACGCCAAACUAAGGGGGACAUCCGAGAUGCUCUAUCCCGCAGAAAAUGCCCAGCAGAACCAGCAUGGACCUUCUCCUUCUCGAUCUGGAUCGCUGCCUCCUGUUGAUCUCCGUAACGUUGUUGCGGAUGCCGCGAAGCAUUCUCCUAGAGAAGUGGAGCCGUCUCCUCGUCAAGAUGAGGAACAUCAUGGCCACCAACAUCGUAAUAAAGAUAGUGUUAGUGAUAGAAAAAGGAACCUCACAAUCAAUGUGGUGACCACACCGCCUCCAGAAGCAGCUCCACUAACACCUCCGAAACAGAAAGAGAAGAAGCAUAAAAUAUGGAGUCACAGCAGCAGUGGUAGCGACAGUGAUGGGCACAGCCACAAUCGUGGCCGCCAUGGUCAUAAGAGUCCUCGCGUACACCAUGUGCAUCAUGGACAUACGAAAAUUGUAGAAAUCGAUCAUUAUGGAGCAGGACCACACCAUCAUCAUGGAGGACACCAUGGAGGCCAUCAUCACCACCAUCACCAUCAUCGUCAUGCUAGAGAUCAUGGGAGAAGACGCCGCGGUCAUGGAUCCACUUACAACGAGGACGUUGCAAUCAUAUCGGGGGAUGAAGAUCAACUACCAGAUAAAAGUCCUCGAGAGCGACCCAGUGGAAAGAGAAGUCCUGCUCGCAAUCGAAGCGCGGAGGGCGAGAAAAGUCCCCGAGCGAUAAAAAGCGCCGACCACAAGAAAAGCCCUCGUGGAAAAAAAGGCGACAAGAACAAAAAGGGAAGCCGGAAGAGCAGUGUACAACCAGACCACAGUGUUGACAGUCGGGAUUCAAACAUAUAUCCUCAGUCGGAGGAAUAUAGGCCUAGGCAAGGAAGUAGUGGCUAUAGCGAGAUUCGAUUCGACAGUGAACUACCUAUUUCUACUUCGGAAAGCAGUGGAAGUCCUCGAGCAGAGCCAGUAGAUCGACCCAGUGGAAAUAGAAGGCCUCGCAGUCGAGGGCAUGAUAAAAAGAUUGAUAAAAAGAGUCCUUACCUCGCGAUAAAAAGCGCCGACCACAAAAGCCCUCGUGAUAAAAAGACUAAAAGCGACGGCAGUCCCCGAGCAGGUAAAAGCCACCACAAGAGCCCUCGUGAUAAGACUAAAAGCGACGGCAGUCCCCGAGCAGGUAAAAGCCACCACAAAAGCCCUCGUGAUAAGACUAAAAGCGACGGCAGUCCCCGAGCAGGUAAAAGCCACCACAAAAGCCCUCGUGAUAAGACUAAAAGCGACGGCAGUCCCCGAGCAGGUAAAAGCCACCACAAAAGCCCUCGUGAUAAGACUAAAAGCGACGGCAGUCCCCGAGCAGGUAAAAGCCACCACAAAAGCCCUCGUGAUAAGACUAAAAGCGACGGCAGUCCCCGAGCAGGUAAAAGCCACCACAAAAGCCCUCGUGAUAAGACUGAAAGCGACGGCAGAAGUCCUCGAGAUCGAAACCAUGGUCGCCCUGGAGGUUCUCAUGAUCGUGAUUGGCGGAGCAAGAUGAGUAAGACGCGCUCGGAAAAAGACCGUACGCAUGCUCGUCUUGAUGCGCAACGUGGACCACAGAGAGACCGCGGACGCAGCCCUCGACGUGGUAAAAGUCCUCGGGGGAAAAGCAGCGAGCGAAGCCCUCGUGGGAAAACUGGGACGAGCUCCGAACGAGGACGAGCGGACGACCACGGUGAUAGAACUAGAAGACGGGGCCCCCACCACGCUUCGCGAUCACCAGGUGGAGGAACGCGUAUCAUCAGGAGAGAUAAUAGAGGAUAUCAUCAUCGAUCUUGCGGCGCAGGUGGAGACAUCUAUAUCAUCAACGGCGGCGGUUACCAUGGUGGAUCCACCUAUUCUUAUUCCUCGUCAUCUGAAGAAGACUACUCGUCCUCCUCCUACGGAUCGUAUUGGACAUCAUCUGGAACAAGUGGAACACCCUCAUCCGAGGAAGAGGUGGUGCUCUCAGACCGGUCGUUGUCGGACCGUGGCUUAUUGGAGGAUAAGCCAGUAACGCCGCGAAUGACGUCUUCUACUAUCGAGGAACAAAACGUACAGCCCUUCACAUCGGAGGAGAAGCUUUUUUCCUCGGAAGAGGAGCCUCCACCUUCACAUUAUAGGGAGGAGCCGAGCAGUCCACGAGAGCCCCCUCCCCAACCGAAUAUUGUCGUGAAUCCAGCACAAGUGAUCGUAAAUGUAAACGAGAACCAGGUUGAGAACCACGGGAUGAGCACGCCUGGAGGCGUGUCGCGCAGUCCUCGAAUGCGACAAGACCUAAGCCCAGACACAAUUCUAGGUCGCGAAGUUCCUCCAGAAGGAAUUCCUGGAACUCUCAGCGGCGAAGCCUACAAGAGUGCGAGAGACAAACGGAUGAACGAUCUGGAUUAUCGUGUCAACAAAAUUUUGCACGACAAUAGGAAUGCGAUGGACGAUUUGCACACACCGGGAAAAGUGAACGCGAGUAGGGGAUUGGCAAACACUGUUACUGUUAAGGACAGUUUUUCACUGUAUCUAUACUGUGUGGAGGACUAUAAUGCUGAGUGGGUUCCCCCUUGAUUUGAAUCAGAAAAUAGGGGGGGAAAGGGGAUGAACUCACUCAACCAGGCACAGUUAAAAAACUUACUAGCGCUAAUACUGGAUCCGCUGAGCAGUUAGCAUCAUUUGACGCAAUUGGAGGAGUCGGAGACCCCCUUCUCACAGAUGGCGGAUCCAGACGCCUAGAUCGUCCUCUCAGUGUCAGGGGCGCUGCUUCGCGUCCGGUUGUAGAAGGCGAGCCACGCGCUUUGUCCGCUCGCGGAGUCAAAGCCGAAAUGCGAGAUGCCAGCUACAAAUUUGCGGGAAAUAUGGAGCCUCAUGCCCUAGCAGCGGCAGGACGAAGCGCUGGAGCCCCAGGCGGAAUUGAUGGCUACAGCUCCGUGGUGGGAGGAAAAAGCUAUGCGGCUGGAAGCUUUGCUGGAGGUAGUGUGCAACAAGGCUUCCGACCUGGCGCCACGAGCCCUUUGAACUCUGCGCCUGAAGUGGCUAGGGGUUCGAAUCUCCUCUACGGCGCAAGCAUGCGAGACAUUGCUCCACCUUUGUUAAGGAGCGUGACAAUAAAUCCAUCUUCUUCACUUGGGAACAGGAUGCUUGCGAUUCGCAAGCAUUCUGUUGGGCGUUUCCGUUUUAUUCUCAAGGAAGGAAAACCGGCACCAAGAAGAUGCUCGUGAGCAGGAUGGAUUUCGUCCUCGAGGUCUUCUAACUUUGGCUGCGGAGCAGAAUGCUACUAUUGCUCCACUACCAGGCUAUAAUGGUUCAAAUCCAUUCGCUCAACAACAAGCUUCCUCCAUGAUCGGAGGCAAAAACGUAUCCUUUCAGCAGGGAGGUUUUGGUGGAGCUAGUGCUCGUUUCGAUGAUAUGCCUGGUUCUCCUGGCACCUUAAGCGACCCGCUUGGACAAAACCCCAUUCUUGGCGGCCACGUAAUUGGAGGCAGUGCCGGCGGCGACCCCUACAAUCAGCCUCUUCGCGGCUAUAUGUCCCCGCGUGGUGCCUUGCGUAGUCAGAACCUUCGUGGCACCAUUGCGGGCGCCCCUGUUGGUAGUCUCUCUAUCUUUCGAAAGACCGGAACUGGAAUCGAUCACGCCAGUGCCCCAGCUUUUUCGGCUCAUAGAGGCGUGGAGGCUGACGAUAAGGCUCGCAUCAUAGAGGCUGCCAUGAAAGAACGGCAAUUGCAUCUAUCAGGAGAUCCUAGGUCCCGGGCCCUUGGUGGAGUAAUAGGCCACGACGGGUCUCAUAUAAUCACAGAUGGUGCCGGUCCAGGAGGGAGCUUUGGCCAUUCUGUAGGCGGAGGUGCAGUACCUUCAGUUAAGACUCUUCAUCAACAAGAUUUAAGUAAGUACUUAAAACUUCAUCUACUCUUUGGUUCCUUUUCCUUCUAGGAUCCAACUAUCGUGACACAACUACCAGGAACCACGUAGAAGAUGAAUUAUCCUCCUGAGCGCUCCGCCUCCGGCCCCUACUCCUUCUAAUUCAGGCAGCGCCUUUUCUCCAAGAGGUUUAACUUACCAGGACAAUUCAUUAGUCCAAAGAGGCGGCUUAUCGAACCCGAACAGUGUUGAUUCAAUGGCGAAACGGUAUCUUGGAGGAUACCACUUUCCUGGUGCUUAUCCUCAUCAACAUCGCUUAAGGCUUGAAGAAGUUUCCCUAAAAAUUCACUUUUUUUUCAUCAAAAUGUAUGAUGAAUAGCAACCUCCGUUUAAGAAGUACUAGUUGUACUCUGCAAAACUAAGGUCUUCAUCCAGCACUCGCCUUGAAUAGUUCUGGUAUUUGGUAACCUGAAUUUGAUCACACGGAUUCAUCUCUUCUUGUUUUCCUUACGAUCACCAGAGCCAUUCACGCCUCUUCAUCUAAAUCACUUUGCCGAAUACAGUCAUGAGGGCUCUCGCUACGCUUCUCAGAGACAUGGUCCUAUGAUGGAGAUGCAUGAGCAGUUGUUUACCUUAAGGCUUCACGACCUAAUCUUCCAUCUUCUAGCCCAUCUGUGGGCUGUUUUCAACUUUUCAAGUAGUGAAAACGGAAGCAGAUGAGAGAAAAGAAGAUGGAUCGUCUUUGUACUAGUGUGAGUUCUUCUAAUUACCAACGCUAUGGUCGGACAUCCGGGAACGUCGAUUACUGGAGCGAAAAAGAGUCAACACUUUGAGCCCAUGAGCAAACGCAGGAGCUUGGACCAUAUGGUGCCGAAAGGAGGAGGAGAUGGCGGAAAAAAAUUAAGGCUUAGUAGACCCCAAUGGUUCAUCUUCAGAGAUGAAGUCUCUCUUCAUUCCAGAACAAGAGAGGCUUUUCAAGGGGAAAAGGGCCUCUCACGUGGGAUGAAUCUCAACAGAAUCCAUCUUCAUAAGCACCAGGGUGAGCUCUAAGAAUAGGCGGAGGCAAAGGCGCGGCUAGUGGUCAACAGCAUUCUCAAAGAGUGAGAGAUUACUUCGAUGGAGGAGGACGGUCUGGCUCGUCUCCCAGAGUCGGCGGUUUUGGUCGUUCUGGCUCAUCACCUAGACACCACGGAGAUGAUGUGCCUAAGAUCAAGUGGAGGACACCGGUAAAGCGCGACGCAGCCUUGCUUACUAGAGGCCCAGUGCAUAGCGUUCCAUUGAAGAAGGAAAAAGACAUGAUCAUGGCAAAAGCACAAGUAAAAGCAGCCCGCGGCAAAGGCCCCGCGAGAUUUAUUACAACUCAAGCAGCUGGAGGAACUGGAGGUCGGAAGGAGAGCCCUCCGAUUAAGGCUCGAAAUGACAAUUAUAAAUAUUUAAUAUUUCAUUAUAUCCACGACGAGGACUCAUCAUUCCUUCUUGGGAAUCCGAAUCUGACAAAAAUGAAGGGAAGAAAUGAAUAUAUAUUGCUUCCUCUAAUCCUAGGAACAAGACUCCUCCUGGCAGGGCUUCUGCGGCAAUGGCCACCAAUCGUGGAAAAGGUGCUCCACGAGGAGGAGCAAAAAAGGCAUCUGCAUCUCGAUCUCCUAGAGGUGGAGGAAAAGCAUCUCGAUCUCCUAGAGGUGGAGGAAAAGCAUCUCGAUCUCCUAGAGGAGGAGGAAAAGCAUCUCGAUCGCCUAGAGGUGGAGGAAAAGCAUCUGCAUCUCGAUCUCCUAGAGUUGGUGGAGGAAGGAGGAAAUAGAGCAACUACAAAAGAAAACGGGCAAGGUAGAAGAGGUGAAGAUGAAACAGUGAUUUUUUCAGAAAGGUUGUUGGUUUCUUUGACUACUUAGUAGACCUAGACCACGUGUCGCACCUCUUCGCACAAGAAGAGGUACUACAACUACAACAUUCACAUUCUCACCUUUGUCUUCUUCACGACAUGAGCAUGACGUUCCACUGAAGUAGAUCCUCAUGCAGGAGCUCAUCCAUCAUUUCACAAGGAAAUUCCUUGUGAAGAAAUUGACUGAGCGGAAAAGUCUAACACAAACACUUAAGAUUUCGA